GCGGGUGAAGCGUAGUCGAUCAAACUAGGGUUUGGAGUCUUCCCCAUAUAUAUACAAGAUUUUCACAGAAUCUUAAAACGCUCGGCUAUUCUCUACGACUGCUUGGGCUCUCGAUUCUAGUCCUCUUCCUCUCCCACCUGCCAUCGAAUCAUGGGACACUCCAACGUCUGGAACUCGCACCCUAAGAACUAUGGCCCCGGUUCACGCACCUGCCGUGUGUGUGGAAACCCCCAUGGUUUGAUCCGGAAGUAUGGUCUCAUGUGUUGCAGACAGUGCUUCCGCAGCAAUGCCAAGGAGAUUGGCUUCAUCAAGUACCGUUAAGAGGGAUUUGGCUUAUAUUUUUGUUGGAGCGGAUGUUUUGGCCUAAAGGAUAAUCUUAUUAGCUUUUUUCUGUUUUUUUAGAUCUUUUUCUUAAGAGGAAAGAUUUUUGUUUUCAUGUUUUAGUUUGUUCUAAUGUUGAGCAUGAAUUGGAUUUGGAAUUUCUGUAGUGUGGAAUCCUUUGGAUUAAAGUGAAUUUGAAGUAUAUCUAUCCGCUCAUUGUUUCACCCUUA